AUGGCCGAGUGGCCUGACUUUAUCACCCGGUCAUUCAAAUCAGCAGUUGCCAGUGAUCCUCCUGGUACAGACGAAUCUGUAUUCUAUGGUCCAUAUACUCGUCUCCUCUAUAAUCUGUUCUCUCUGGAUGGCCCGUACGAGGUCAUGCCUCAGUACAAAGCCCGCGGCACUCAAGAGAAAAUCGACAUCACUGCAGUGUUUGUUGUAGAGCUCCGACAGCACCCAGCGGAUAAUCAGAUGAGGCAGCGUCUUCAGAGCUUAGGACGACAAUUGACCAUCCCUGUUCUACACGGCAUCAGUGCAUUUGGCACUUGCUUGUGCUUCUACACGUACCAUACUCGCUCGCAAGAGAUGUCGCUCCAGUCAAUCGCUGGAAUUGUGACGUCCUGCAAGCUGAUGGAGUGGAACGCUUGACAUGUGCCAUGAACUGCCAUGAACUAGCAUUCAAGUGCAAAGAUGCAAGACACGUCUCACUCCUGUAUACAUUCCUGUGUGUUUGAAGGUAGUAAAAAAUUGUAGUUCGUGUUUCUACAGAUAUACUCCCAUGGAUCGACUCUGUCAAGCCCUGUCAUCCCCUUCCCGAUAUGUUCAAGUGUGAAUUUCA